AUGGAGGAGUUUUUGCUUGCCAAUGGCUACCAGCUUGGCAAGACCAUUGGGGAGGGAACUUACUCCAAAGUGAAGGAGGCCUUAUCCCUAAAGCAUCAGAAGAAAGUGGCAAUUAAAAUAAUUGAUAAGAAGGAAGGCCCAGAAGAAUUUAUUCAGAGAUUCCUGCCCCGGGAGCUCCAGAUCGUCGGGCGCUUGGACCACAAGAACAUCAUCCGGGUGUACGAGAUGCUGGAGUCUGCAGAUGGGAAGAUCUACCUGGUGAUGGAGCUGGCGGAGGACGGGGACAUCUUCGACUGCGUGCUGCGCGAGGGUCCCCUGCCCGAGCACCGCGCCAAGGCGCUCUUUCACCAGCUGGUCGAGGCCAUCCGCUACUGCCACGGCUGUGGGGUGGCUCACCGUGACCUCAAGUGCGAGAACGCCCUGCUGCAGGGCCACACGGUCAAGCUGACGGACUUCGGCUUCGCCAAGCUGCUCCCCAGGGGCCGCCAGGAGCUGAGCCGCACCUUCUGCGGCAGCAUGGCCUACGCGGCGCCCGAGGUGCUGCAGGGGGUGCCCCACGACAGCUGCAAGGGCGACGUCUGGAGCUUGGGUGUCAUCCUCUACGCCCUGCUGUGCGCCCGCCUGCCCUUCGACGACACCAACAUCCCCCAGAUGCUGUGCCAGCAGCAGAAAGGAGUCUCCCUGCCCAGGCACCUGGGGGUCUCCAGGGAGUGCCAGGACCUCCUGAAAAGGCUCCUGGAGCCAGAUAUGAUCAUGAGGCCCUCGGUGGAGGGGGUCAGCAGGCACCCCUGGCUGGCGAACCCCUGAGAAGUGCCUGCUCUGCCCUCCCCCAA